CAAUUUUGUAGUUUUAUAAGUGCAUCUAAAAUGUUUGUUCUGCUGUUAAUAACUGUGAUAUUUCAGCCUAUUAUGAGUUCAAGCUCUAUAUAUGAUGUUUGUUAUAUAAACGCUGAUAAACAAUUAAAUAACACUUUACAAGCUGUGCCAGAAUUUACAACACCCGAUGAAUUUAAAGAUAUCAAAGAACUUAUAAAUCGAAUUAAAAUAAUUGCAUCAAAAAUACAAUCCAGUAAUGUUCAACGACAAAUAAAAAAUAUUGCAGGUGAAUUAGAAGAAUAUCGUAAAACAGCUGAUCUCCUGAAAGAAAAUCUUGAUGAGCUCCAAAGUAUAAAAAAUAUUUUUGAUACUUUUGAUAAUUAUAAAGAAUUUAACAAAAAGACGCAAAUUCUUUGUUCCUCUGCUAAAAUAUAUUAUGAUAAAUUAAAGAAAGACUAUGAAAAUCUGAAACUGUAUCUAGAUCAAAUUUCAGAUGACAUGAAGAAAAAAGCAGACGAUAUAAAUACGAAAAGUCGAAAAAUCAAAAAAGCACUUAAUGAUAUAAAAGUCCCAACUUAUAUCAAUAAAAAAUAUAUUUGUGAUAAAACCAUCUUGGGUUUACAGAAUUUAAUAAAAAUAGCAAUUAAUAAUAAAAAUACGUUGACGAGUAUUAAAGAUAAUUUAAUAUCUCAUUUAAACGACUUAAAAGAUAACUUAGGGCCUAGACAAAUUAGAGAACCAAUUCUAGAAAUGCCAUUGACAAAAGAGGAGCUAAAAAAUGCAAUUAAAAUUAUUAAAGAAAAGUUAAGCCUGGUAAAAAAAUUACAAAAGGUGCUGGAAAAGAAACGGAGAGUUAAAAUAAAUUUUGAUCAAGUUUUAACAAUUGCUUUAGAGUUAUGCAAUCGAGGUGUCUGUGAAAUUGAAGAAGCUGUUUAUGUUGAAAAUUAAUGUAUAAGCCUAACUUUAAAAAAAUAUUUGUACCAAUAA